UGCCACCAAUUGUACCAUCACAGUGAGCAAUGGCAUAGGUUUGUAUUGUAUUUUUGGGGAGUCAGGGUCAAUGGAUCCCAGGAUUAUCACUCUUCCAGGGGGGUUACAUUGACCUGUCUGCAAUAUUUAGGGGGUAAUUUCCCACCUAUUCUACACCCUUGACAAUGAGUUAAACUAAUGGCCCAACCUAACCUACAACAUUAUCAGGGGUAAGAUCAAUUUGUCAUUGUAGCGAACAUUUUUACUUUGUUAGGCGGUACUGAGGCUAAAAUGUGGAGCUGCAUGAAUAGGCAACAUUAUGACCUUUAAGUGCGUUUAGUAGAAUGUAUACUGCUGGAAAAAUACCAAUAAUGAGCGACAGAUUGCGGAUCCGUGGAUAAUCUGGGCGGGAAUAAACUGCGCAAAUUCUGAGAGGUUCAGGUUAGAAUCCGUCUCAAAUAAAGCACUGCAUAUACAAUUCUUAAGUUUAUUUGUGUCAUACAAAAUUUGAAAAAUGAAGUUACUUCCUCAUAAAAAUUGAGAGGGCAAACCUCCUGUAUAACGACCAGUGUUUUUUUGUGCUGUGCGCAAUCUUCAUGACAAGAAGUGUCUGAAUCACUGCUAAACUCUACCACAUGGAAACGAAGUGGAGCAUAGCAGCCUUGCUGUUAGUUGUAGCUGGGUCUGCUACUUGCUAUAUAACUUGCAGCAAUGGGAAAGUCUGCUCUGAUCAGUCAACAUGCUGUCUUACCGAUCAAGGGUAUGAGUGCUGCCCAGUUCCCAAUGGCAGAUGCUGUUUGGAUGGGAACCACUGCUGUCCAUCCGGCUUCGACUGUGACUUCUCGUUCUCGAAGUGCGUGAGAAAUGACAACCUGAGGUACCCUUUCGUGCGGAUGCAGAAACCAUCAGUGAUGGAAGCCAUUAAGGUCUCCAAACUGGCAGGCAAAGUCCACGAUCAGGAUGUCCCAUUGACAGGACUGUUGCCGGCUUCUAAUGACACCCCACAGCCCGGAGUCAUUCAUUGCGACACUAAAUUCUACUGCCCUCCAGGAAACAGCUGCUGCAAACGACCCACUGGCCAAUGGGGCUGCUGCUCAUACCCUCUGGGCCAGUGCUGUGCAGAUGGCAAUCAUUGCUGUCAAUAUGGAUACGUCUGUGACUCAACUUCAUCCAAGUGCACCAAAGGAUACAUUCAGAUUCCUUCAAGUCUGAAGGAUGAGGCAAAACAGUACUGACAAGAUCAAUAUCAAGUUUUCCUUUAUUGUUAAUGUCAUCAUUUUUCAGACUUGGCUUUCACUGACAAAAAGAAGUUACACUUCAAAUAAUUUUUUCGUCCCUUGAUUGGUCUUAAAUGUAUUAUUCUUUCAUUAAAUAAAUCUCUACUGGUUACAUUGUAUGAUUCUUUUUACUCUCACGUGGAUUGCAGUUACUAUGGUAACUGGGUGUCAACAUCCUUGUUUUCAUGUAGCUAAAGUAGCUAGCCAGUUCUUACUAGCCAGUAAUACUGUAUCUUAAAUAUGUCUGAAAUGUCUGCUAUGAAUCGAAAAUUGAUUCAGAAACUCGCUGAAACUCUCUCUAAACAAGUUAAACACUUUAACAAAACAGAAGCAGAGUGUUUGAUUCGACUGUUUAAUGGACUCUUGGGAGACCAGAGUGACAGGAGAGUAGGGAACGGCUUGGACAGAGGGAAAUUCCGGAAUAUUCUGCACAACACCUUUGGAAUGACGGAUGAUAUGAUCAUGGAUAGAGUUUUUCGUGCAUUCGACAAAGACAAUGACAGCUACGUCAGUGUGAAAGAGUGGAUUGAGGGACUAUCAGUCUUUCUACGUGGGACAUUGGAUGAAAAGAUUAAGUACUGCUUUGAUGUGUAUGACUUGAAUGGCGACGGGCACAUUUCCCGGGAAGAGAUGUUCCACAUGCUGAAGAACAGCCUGAUCAAACAGCCCACAGAGGAGGAUCCAGAUGAGGGCAUCAAAGACCUGGUGGAGAUCACGCUUAAGAAAAUGGACUAUGACCAUGACAGCAGGUUGUCCUAUGCAGACUUUGAAAAGGCAGUGAAAGAUGAAAAUCUAUUGCUUGAGGCUUUUGGAACCUGCCUUCCUGAUGCCAAGAGCAUAUUGGCAUUUGAGCAGCUUGCAUUCCAGGCUCCACUUGAGAGUUCGGGGCACCACUACUAGCUUGUUAACACUUUUUACUCUGAAGGGAAAUAAAACCUGUUGAGAAAAAGUACUGUCUGAUCGGGGAAAAUCUAGGUACUCCAUGAAAGGUCCUCUGGGUCUCUGUGUUUUAGGAAAUAAAACAUUGGUUAGAUUCUCCUG